UGUGCGGCGGCAUUGUGGGAUAGUGGUGGAGGCGAGCGGAUGGUGAAAGACGGCCCUGGCGAAAUGGCGGACGUUCACAGCCAGGAGGAAGAGGCGGACUGGCGCCGGAACGAGCGACUGACGGCUACUUUGGAGGAAGAUCCGGAAGCUGCAGAUUCUUCUGAAAAAAGUGGGAACGAAGAGAAUGGAGAAGUGUCGGACGAAAAUAGAGAUCCAAAUACUGCUGCAGGCAAAUCAAUUAAACACAAGAAAAAGAAACACAAGCAUCGGAGUAAACACAAGAAGCAUAAGCAUUCUUCGGAAGAUGACAAGGAACGAAAACAUAAGCACAAACACAAGCAUAAAAAGCAUAAAAGGAAAGAGAAUGAAAUCUUUGAGAAGGAUGGUGAUCACUCAAUAAAAAGACCCAAGUUAGAUGAUUAUGCUCUUUUGGAGGACUUAGAAAAACAAAGGGCAAUGAUAAAAGCAGAAUUGGACAGUGAACUAAUGGGAGGGAAAGUUCAAUCUGGUAUGGGUUUAAUUCUGCAGGGUUAUGUGUCUGACUCUGAGGAAGAGGGGGAAAUCCAUGAGAAGACUCGGAAUGGUGAAAGAAUUGCAUCCAAUCGGGAUGUUUCUGAAAUCUUGCCUGUUAGGGACAGCAAAGUUAAACGGGAGCCCGUGGAACCUAAGCCUGUUUCAAAGAGGCGAAGUAAAAGCAGAUCAAAAGACAGGACUAAACAUAGCAAAUCUGAGAAAAAGAAAAAUAGGCUGAGUUCAGAACACAGAAAAGAGAAAGAGAAAACGAGAAGUAAAUCACACGAGCGAAAGCGUUCAAGAAGUCCCAUCAAAAGCAGUAAGCCUGCAGAAAAGCCAAGGUCUCCAACAUCCGUGAAAAGGCGAUCUCAAGAAAAGAGUAAAAAAUCAACUCCAGCAGAAGAUGGGACAAAGUCGAAGGAUCGCAAGAAUGUAACAAUUGAAAGCAAAACAAAGGAACGGAAUAAAAAAUCAAAAUCUCCUCCAGUGAAAAGGAGCAAAUCGGGAGAGAGAAGUCAGAGAUCUAAAUCCAAAGACCGUGAGAAGAGAUCUAGAAAAUCUGAAACGGAAAAGGAAAAGAAAUCUCUGAAGUCUCCAUCCAAGGAUGUUCCUUCUGGGAAGGAGAAUCGAUCGCCACUGAAGAAACAUGCACUUUCUCCGAAACGGAAAAGCCUUUCUCCAAAACAGCAUAGAGAAAAGUCAUCCAAACAUAGCCGAUCCCCUAUUAUUAAUGAUCGUGCACCUAAAAAGAGUCAGUCUCCCUCACGGAAUAAGUCCCCACCCAGAAGAGCUAAAAGUAGAUCGAUAGAACAAAGGCGGAGGGAGAGUGAACGAACAAGAGCUUUAUCUCCAAGAACAAGGUCGCGAGAUGAGCCAGCAAAUAGGCUAGAGCGAUCCAGGGACAUAAGUUCCUCUCGCCGGUCUCCUGCAAGGAGAAGGGCCAGCAGAUCUCCUAUCCGGAGGAGAUCUCGUUCGCUCCUCAGACGAAGUCGAUCUCCAAGGAGACGAAGUCGAUCGAGGAGGAGGUCUCUGGAAAGAGACUGGAAUCGAAGAAGCAGGUCUCGCAGAAGACGAUCAAGGUCACGAGGUCGACGCAGGCGUAGAAGUGGGAGCAGAGACAAAGAAGACAAAUUUAAAGGAAGCCUUUCUGAAGGAAUGAAAGUUGAACAAGAAUCUUCUGAUGAAAAUCUUGAGGACUUUGAUGUAGAGGAGGAAGAUGAAGAAGCUGUUAUCCAACAAAGGCGUGAACAGAGAUUGGCAAUUGUUCAGAAAUAUCGAAACCCAAAUGAAGACAGCAACAUGUCUGGAUUGUCUGAACCAAACAGUCCUCAGAGCAGUACUAGAAGUCGCUCUCCUUCUCCUGAUGACAUUUUUGAGCGAGCUGCAGCUGAUGUCAAGGAGUAUGAAAGGGAGAAUGUUGAUACUUUUGAGGCUUCUGUGAAUGCCAAACGCAACCUCAUGGCACUUGAGCAGAAAGAAGGAGCUACUUUGAAAAAGCCAACGGUUCCAGAUAUGUUUACUGAAUCUGAUGACAUGUUUGCUGCCUACUUUGAUAGUGCUCAUCUGAGAGCUGCUGGAUUUGGAAAGGAUUUCAAAGAAAAUCCUAAUCUCAGGGAUAACUGGACUGAUGCAGAAGGCUACUAUCGUGUAAAUAUUGGGGAAGUUCUUGAUAAACGUUACAGUGUAUAUGGCUACACUGGUCAAGGAGUUUUCAGUAAUGUUGUACGUGCCAGAGACAUGGCAAGAGCUAGCCAGGAGGUGGCAGUCAAAAUCAUCAGGAACAAUGAACUCAUGCAAAAGACUGGUUUGAAGGAGCUAGAGUUCCUGAAGAAGUUGAAUGAUGCAGAUCCUGAUGAUAAGUUCCAUUGCCUGAGACUUUUUAGACACUUCUACCACAAGCAACAUCUCUGCUUGGUCUUUGAGCCUCUGAGUAUGAACUUACGUGAGGUCUUGAAAAAAUAUGGGAAAGAUGUUGGUCUUCAUAUAAAGGCUGUAAGAUCAUACAGUCAGCAACUUUUCCUGGCUCUGAAAUUGUUGAAGAGAUGUAACAUCCUUCAUGCUGAUAUCAAACCUGACAACAUUCUGGUAAAUGAAUCCAAGACCAUCCUGAAGCUUUGUGACUUUGGCUCAGCUUCACAUGUAGCUGAUAACGAUAUAACACCAUACCUCGUCAGCAGAUUUUAUCGAGCACCUGAAAUUAUUAUUGGGAAAGUUUAUGAUUAUGCCAUAGACUUGUGGUCUGUUGGUUGCACACUUUAUGAGCUUUACACAGGAAAAAUUCUAUUUCCUGGCAAAACUAAUAAUCAUAUGCUGAAACUCAUGAUGGACUUAAAGGGCAAGAUGCCAAAUAAGAUGAUCCGGAAAGGUGUUUUCAAGGACCAGCACUUUGAUCAGAAUCUGAACUUCAUGUACAUUGAGGUGGAUAAAGUGACAGAAAGGGAGAAAGUCACUGUUAUGAGCACUAUUAAUUCUACUAAGGACCUGCUGUCUGACAUGAUUGGUUGUCAGCGUUUGCCAGAAGACCAGCGUAAAAAAGUUCACCAGCUCAAAGACUUGCUGGAACAGAUUCUUAUGUUAGAUCCAGCCAAACGUGUCAGCAUUAAUCAGGCACUGCAGCACCCAUUCAUUCAGGAGAAGAUUUAAUCGGAGAAUUUAACGGGUUUGAGCAAUUAAACAAAGACUGGAAAAGUCAGAGAAAAGUAUUUUAGUAUAUGUGAAACACGAUGUUUACCAUGAAAUAUGCAUGAAGUUAAGUUAAAAGAGAAAUGUUAUUUCUAGUAGGAAUUUGAGUCACUGUAAAUAUAUUGAUUUGUUUUUUCCAAAUGUUUUCUUCAUACUUUCACUGUAGUUUUGUUGAAUUGUUUUAACAGCUAAGGCUGCACACAAACUGUUUAUAAAGAAAAAAUUAUUUUAAGAUCUUGUAAUAAUGGUGUUUUUGGAGAAGAAUUUUGGCUGCAGUUCUUCAAAAUACACCUUUUUUGUUUUUGUGCAGGCUUAGCCCGUCCUUGUCUCUGUACCAAUGGCCAAGGUAAAAUGAUGUUUAUAUUCACGUUUUCCUAGGUGUGUGUACGCAGGCCAGCAUGCCCUUGGUGUACUCAGUGCCGAAGGGGUCUGUCCCUACCUGUGCCUGCUCGCAGGGAUGGUCACAUCAUUUAAAGCAGGUUGUGUACCACUUUCAGUACACUGAAGGCAUACAUAACCUUCCACUCUUGAGCAAAGAAGCUGCUUUUUAAAGCGGUAAUUGCUUCUUUACCUUUUUUCUUUUGUACAUUUAAUUUGGCAUUUAGUUUUUUUUAAGAUGAGUUGUGAUGACUUUGAAUUGUAGCUCUGCACUUAGCCCCUUCACUGGCGCAAGUCAACAUCUGGCUUCAGCCUGACUGGAUCUGUGAAGCCGUGGGUUUCUGAUUGCAUGGUAGCUUGUUUUUGAUUCAGUAAGCCAUUGUGCUUACGGGGGACAAUUAAUUUUUAAUGGGCAUAAAUGUUCGUAUUCCCCUUGAUGAAAUCAACCCACAAAGGCAUAGAAAACCUUCAAUAGUUCAUCAGAGCUUAGUGUUGUACUAAUGCCUUCUUAUACUUAAGAACCAGUGAAGGAGCUAAAAUAAUUGCACAAUGCCUUUGCUUAUGUAUAGAAAAGGUAAGUCGGGGCAUUUUGUCAGACAGCAGCACACUCCACCUGCACCUCAAGUUACCCAUGCAGAAUACUGAAGGAUUUUGGUUGUGCAUUUAUAAAUACACUGGUAAAUAGUGUUUGUUUUGAACAAGCAUUAUAGCCAUUUCACAGUGGUCCAGACGUGCAGUCAAGUCUCUGUACAACUAUAAAACUACAGUGGUGACUUGCUGAUCUGAUCUGUUUUUUUUAAAAUUUUAUUUUAUUAUCCCAAUUGUUUUCGAAUGAGAUGUUUAACAAACGUCAUUUUCUAUGUAAAUGUGACAUUUUUAUCCAACUACCUUUUGUACAAAGUAAAAAAAAAGUAAGAUUAUCAAGUCACAAAUCAAUGCACUCAACGUAAAUUGCCUUUAGUUGCUGUAAGCCUUUCACUUACUAUUUCAAAAAAAAAUAAAAACUGGUAAAAGAAAUGAUUUAUGCAAAGGAGUAGUUGAUCAGUUUUCUAGUGUCUCUUCUUCACAUCAGUUCAGUUAAUGUUCUAACGUAUUGUGGAAGUAACUGUUAAAAGUGGAUGUUGCUUAUUGGAGAUCAGUGUCUCAGUUAAUGCCAGUUAAAGGUCACCACAAUUCACAAAGCUGUUUGGAAGUCUGAUCCAGUUAUCCUGUUAUUGCAAAAUAACUAAUGUUUUGUACUGUUUUCUUACUUCCCUUCGAUGGUGCUGAGAGAGAAAGGAAAUCAAGUUAUGUUGCUAUGCUGGGAGGCAACAGCCCACGCCGCCUAUUCCAUGGGCCUACUUUGAAUGAGACACCUCCUUCACCUUCUCCACAAGGUGCACCCUGAUGGGAGACGAUGCAUAUUGCAAGAAAAUGAAGACUGACUUAAGGUUUCUGUCCCCUAAAGACAACAUUUACAGUGACUUUAAGUAACUGGAAUAUCACUGUUUACUGGUAGGGAUCACAAAUGUAAAAUGCCUGCUCCUGCGAAUGAUGAUUCAUUAUCUUAGCUUCAACACGCAUUACUGACAGCAAAGAAUUCUUCAGUAUUCAAUGAAAGUGAAGAUGGUGGUUUCACAGCUUAUUUUUCAAUACGGUUAUGCAUAAGAGUACAAUUGUAUCAGUGUAUGUUAAGAUAUUUGCUUUAAUUUAUAGAAAUGUAAAUGUAUUAUUGCAAGAAUUUGACUGUUUUACUAAUCUUGGAAACUGAUCAUUUUGAAACACAAGAAGCCCCCAAAAACAGCAAGAAAUCUUAAACUUAACAUCUUGGUGGUGAACUUGAAUGCCCAUUUCUAGGUGUUGAAACCACAAUGUGUGCAUUUUGUAUUGUCUAACUGGAAUAUUGUAAAUUUAACACUUUGGCAACACAAAAUAUUUUGUUAAUUGCUUUGAGUGCGUUUCAUUAAAAACAAUUUGGUAUCAAA